CUUCCCCGGAGGCCCGGCUGGGACAGCCGCGAGGGGCCUGGGGGGAAGCUGGCUUUGGCCCCGCCUGGGGCAGGAUGGUGAAUCUGGAACCCAUGCACCCAGAUAUCAAGAUGAGUGGGGAUGUAGCAGAUUCUACAGUUGCUCGAAGUGCUCUCAGCCAGGUGGAGACAGGAAAUGAUCGAAACGGCUUAGAUUUCAACAGGCAGAUUAAAACCGAGGACCUCAGUGACUCCCUGCAGCAGACCCUCUCUCAUCGGCCAUGCCACCUGAGUCAAGGACCUGCCAUGAUACCUGGAAACCAAAUGUCUGGGGACAUGGCUUCCCUCCACCCGCUCCAGCAGCUUGUGCUGGUUCCCGGACACCUACAGUCUGUCUCCCAGUUCCUGCUAUCUCAGUCCCAGCCUGGGCAGCAAGGUCUGCAGUCAAAUCUUCUCUCCUUUCCACAGCAGCAAAGCUCUCUCCUCCUCCCACAGACGGGGCUUGGCCUGGCAUCCCAGGCAGUUGGGUGCCCCGGGGUGCCAGGAUCCUCUUUAGAACCGCAUCUGGAAGCAUCCCAGCAUCUCCCAGUCCCCAAGCAUCUCCCCAGCUCUGGAGGAGCCGAUGAGCCCAGUGACCUGGAGGAGCUGGAGAAGUUUGCCAAGACCUUCAAGCAGAGGCGCAUUAAGCUGGGCUUCACACAGGGAGACGUGGGUCUGGCGAUGGGAAAGCUGUAUGGCAACGACUUCAGCCAGACUACCAUCUCCAGAUUUGAGGCUCUAAAUCUGAGCUUCAAGAACAUGUGCAAGCUCAAGCCACUGCUGGAGAAGUGGCUGAAUGAUGCAGAAUCCUCUCCAUCAGACCCCUCCGUGAGCACCCCCAGCUCUUACCCCACCCUCAGUGAAGUGUUCGGGAAGAAGAGGAAGAAGCGGACCAGCAUCGAGACCAGCAUCCGCCUGACUCUGGAGAAGAGAUUUCAAGAUAACCCCAAACCCAGCUCAGAGGAGAUCUCCAUGAUCGCAGAGCAGUUGUCCAUGGAGAAGGAGGUGGUGAGGGUCUGGUUCUGCAACCGCCGUCAAAAGGAGAAGCGAAUCAACUGCCCUGUGGCCACACCCAUCAAAUCACCCACGUACAGUUCCCGGCUGGUGUCUCCCUCUGGGUCUCUGGGGCCCCUCUCUGUCCCUCCUGUCCACAGCACCAUGUCUGGAACAGUAACGUCAUCCUGCCCCUCUGGGAACAACAGCAGGCCUUCGUCUCCUGGCCCAGGACUCCACGCCAGCAGCCCUACUGCAUCUCAAAAUAACUCCAAAGCGGCUGUGAACUCCUCCACCAGUUUUAACUCUUCAGGAUCUUGGUACCGAUGGAAUCAUCCCACCUACCUCCACUGAGACCAAAAAAGUUACUCCUAUGCCACCUGGCCCUGUAUUCCCCACUGGAAGGAAGGGAGUCACGCCUUCUCUGUAUGGACAGAUUACUUUCAGGACAGUAGAAGAGAAUCUCCACUAUCAAUGAACCCAAACUCUUGCCUUGUUCAGGAGCAAGGGCCUCUGGAGAUCCAAACUGCGACCGAACCAUGUGCUGGCUCCCUAGCUCUCUUGAAACGCACAGCCCGCCUAGGAGUUGACCAUUUUUACCUUCCUUGCCUGUGCCCUUCUCCUCUCGUUCCAAAUAUGUCAGAUGGCUUCACUGCGACAGUGGUCUUUCA